UGCACUCUGACUUAAUCAGGGGGUGGUGGUUGUAUGAGUUGGGCUUGUUGGAUGUACUGCAAAGCUCCUUUUCUGAAAUUGCCAGUGCGACCCUGCCAGUUUGCUGGGGCCCUCUUGAGUGAGUGCAGAGUGUGCUUCUUCUCCAAGUUGUGUUUUCCUCGAGCUCUCUCGGGUUGCCUACCGUCCUACUCGAAGAGCGAAAUGGUGGAUCAGUUACACGUUCAAACUACUGUACCAUCAAGCCUAAAGGUCACUUUGGAGAGCGGGAAGUUACAACAACAAAAGACAGCGAGUUCACUUUAUGGAUUCUGUUCCAAACAGAACCGUGGUUUUCUAGUGCAUCCAGCUGCUCUCGAGGAACUUUGGUUGACCCGAACACCGAGUGGCUGCUGUUUGAGUCGGACACCUAAGAGCAUUGUGACGCUGUGACAAGGAAGCGUCUGGCAAGGAAAAAGAAGAGCUUGCGGUGCUCAGCCGGGGAAAGAUUAGGGCUUGGAGUGCAACGCAGGCUGCAGUUUUCAGUCUUUUGAUCUGAUAUCCAACGUUACUUGUAAGCUUGGGCCGGAGGGGAACCUGUUCCUCCUGCAACGCUAUUCGAUAUCGCUUUUUUGACUCUCUUCUCCAUUCACGCGGCGUCUAUAACAGCGUCUCCAUUCGCCCUGGCUAUCUUUGAAGUUCGCUCUGACUCUCUACAUCUGCAUACUGCCUAAGUGGAAAAGGUACCCCUUUGAUUGCACGGAAAUCCUACUGUUAUGGUGUACUCGGUACAUGCACAUCCCGACAUUCCCCUGACACUGAUUCAGGGUUGAUGGAAGGUGGCUUCUGACUCUAUACCCCAACCUUCUCACCACCUUCCUAAGUACCCAUCAUCAUACAGUAACUUUGCCCUUCCAUUUUCUGCAUGCUACAAUCCUUCGCUCGAAUUUACCCGGGCAUGAGUCUCCCCGACCCUACCGAGAAUCUCUCCGUGUUCCUGUUCCCCCGUGGUACCCUAAAUUAAUACCCUACUACAAAGUUGAACCUCGAGCCCCGAUACCUCCCCCAUCCUUAUAGUAAUUGCAGCUGGGCAGUUUAAAUUCGACUUUCUCGCCAUUGAACGAACUCGCCGCCCGCAGCCUAUCGAUCUCUGUCGCUCGUUAUCGGAAACUGUCGUUUGAUUCGGUGCGCUUCAACUCCCACUAAUUCCACCUAAGAUUUGGUUCCAAACCUACCUUUCUCUCGCUAUGGGAGGCCAUCUUAUUAAGGCAGCGCAUCAGCUGCAAAAACUCUUCAGCGAUCUUGUCAGGAUACUCCAUAGACUUCUUCAUGGAUCCGUCCGUAAAGAAGUUUCUCGGAAACGACGAAGUUUUAGGAACCGAUGGACCCGACGAUCAUUAAACGACUUCGUUCAAGAAGUCGAGCAUCUUUUUCUCGGUCACCUCUCUCCAGAAAAUCUUGCACUCAUGUCAAAUGAAAUUGGUGCACAACUGCGCGCAAGUGCUAAAUCGAGUCAUAUCAGCAUGCUCCCUUCAUUCAACCACUCUCUCCCGUCUGGUAAGGAAAAGGGAACCUAUCUCGCGUUGGAUGUGGGUGGUUCAACGUUCCGAGUCGCCCUAGUGAAAUUAGCUGGCAAAGAUGAGGGCGUAAAGAUCCUGAAAAUGGCAACAUCGCAUAUUGACGAGGAUGUGAAGGCCCUAGCAGGAAAGGCUUUCUUUGACUGGAUGGCGCGGAAGAUCGGCGAGAUGCUCCCCCCAAGUGCUGAAGAAUAUAGCCAAGAUUCAGCGCCUUUACCUAUGGGAUUGUCCUGGUCAUUUCCUAUUGAACAAACGUCUAUUCGCAGUGGCAAGGUAAUUUCUAUGGGGAAAGGAUUCCACUGCUCUGAUGGCACCGUUGGCGACGAUCUAAGAGAGCUCAUUAUGGAAGCAUGUCGAAAACGUAAUCUCAACGUUACUCUAGAAGCCAUUGUCAAUGAUGGUUCGGCCACGCUCCUUUCCCGUGCUUAUACGGACCCAACGACUCGGAUGUCCCUUAUCCUAGGAACAGGAACGAAUAUGGCGGUUCAUUUCCCAGUUCAUGCGAUUGGAAUCGAUAAGUACGGAGAACGAUCACCAGAGUGGUUCGCAAAAGCCGAUCAUGUGAUUACCAAUACCGAGAUCAGCAUGUUUGGGGGCAGGGUGCUACAGAUGACGCGUUGGGACGAUGAUCUGAACCGCAACCAUAUCAAACCGGACUAUCAACCUCUAGAGUAUAUGUGCACCGGGAGAUAUCUGGGAGAAAUUGUCAGGCUCAUCGCUGCAGAAGCUGUUCAGACGGCCGGCUUGUUCGGUGGACAGAUGCCGGCUUCGAUGCAACCACGAUAUUCACUCGACACCGCAAUCCUAGCAUACAUUGAGGAGGAUACGUCGCCGUCUUUCCAAUCGUCUUUGGCAUUUCUUCAAAAACAACACCAGUUCCGCGUGCCUCCAACCCCGGCUGACCUUGCUUUCUUAAAAAGGGUCACUCACUGCGUAUCGCAGCGAGCUGCUGCAUACCUGGCAACAGCAAUCCAUGGCCUCUGGUGCCUGAGAAAUGAAAGUGAGACACCAAUAUUCCCAGCAACACCAGAAUCGACCAACGACGAAGAAAUCCUCAAAAUUCCCGCAAAGGAGUGCACGAAAGAUCCCAUUCCACUACAGGUUAACAUCGCCUGUGAUGGCAGUGUCAUAAACAAAUAUCCGAAUUUUAGAGCCCGCUGUCAAGUGUAUCUCAACCAAUUAACUUUCGACUCCAAAACAUCCGAAACUUCUCAUAUGAUCCUUGAUUCCGCGAUAGCGUCCAAGAAAGCGUCGUCUCGAGUUGAGCAAUUACGCUCUAUCACACUUGACUUAGCUCCAGAAGGCGGCAUCAUCGGCGCCGCUGUGGCCGUGGCCGUUGCCGUUCCCGAUGACGAAUAAAAACUAGUUUUUGAGGCGUAACUCGCUUUCAUUGCUGGCUUCUUCCUAGCCUUGAAGUGCCAUCCUCUUCUUAUGCCUUGCAUCUAGAUAUAGGCGGCGUCGAUAUACCAGUGAAAAGCAUGUCCGGCUUGCUCCUUUGCCCACUCCCUAGAAACCUUCGAGAUCCUCACCGUAUGCUUGUUUUCAACCAACCUUUUUUCCCGCCGACGUCACUCCGGUUUGGGGAUUGCAUUAUUGUAGGAGGAAAAACAUCUACUCGCUCGUCUGGCAUCAAGCAUGGAAAUUAUUGCUCAUACUCUCCCGGGCUACUGAUAUUUCUUUAUACAAAACCCGAUACCCUUCCUCCAUUGUUAUUUUCACUGUCACAUUUUCCCUGUUCGAUAUGCAUUAUUUGGCGCCACGGUAUUGCAUCAGUUACUACAUUUAACAUUUUUUAUAAUAUGCGUACCAAAUAUUUUUAUACUACUCUUCUCUUGUUGUGUUCCACCGAAUCAACUCCGACCCAACGAAGAGAGUCUCGGCGCCUGGUCUCAAAUCAUUUUUUGCUAGGACCGAAAAGAAGAUAGCCAUAUUCACCAAAACUCUCAAGUUAUCGUUUACACGCACCCGAGGCCAUUUUGAUUCGCCCUAAUAGGACGGGCCUUGUUUCCUAAGGGGUCCCAGUCCAAUACCGGUCUUGAAUCCUUCGAUGUACAGAAACUUCCAUAGGUUGUUGUGAAUAUGAUUGACAUAACUACCCUAAGGGAA